ACAUCUCCAAAACGUCUUUCAUGCGUUCAUAUUCUCCAUUUUCUACAAAACGACCUAACGAUGCCGCUACUCAGAAAUUUGUCUGAUUGGCGCCAUUAACUCCGAGAACAGUAAGAUCAAGGUGAACUAGAUCACCGGUGCCAGUGAAUGGGGUAGUGCUCUCCAGUCCGGCGCGUACUAUCGUGAUCACGGGAUCAAAUGGGUACGGUGAACUUCCCUGAGCACGCUGCCCUCGAACCUCGGUAUCUUGGUGGUCUUAUCAUCAUUGUGCGGUCAUUCGCGCGUAUCCACGAAACCGACUUAAAGAAGCAAGGCAUGUUGGCUUUGACGUUCGCGGACACCGAGGAUUAUGAGAAGGUUAAGCCGAGUGACAAGGUUGAUAUUCUUGGAUUGGAUACGUUUGCGCCUGGGAAGAACUUGACGCUCGUGUUGAAACAUGAGGAUGGAAGCAAGGAGGAGAUUCCCCUCGCACACUCUUUCAAUGAGGAACGGAUCGCUCGCGUUGCUUGAUGUCUAUGAGUGGCAACAGCUCAAUUAGCGCUAGUCCAAAUUGGGACAAAAAUCUUCUUUUCUCCUGGUUCAAGACCGGCUCUGCUCUUAACUUGAUGGCAGCCAAGGCUAAGGGCUUGUAGAUGAGCAAUGCAUCUUGUUUAACCCUAUCAU